AUGAUGCUCUCGCUCAAGAAUCUCGCACUAGCAUCCGUUUCUCUGCUCAGCGUCUCUGCUCAUCCAACCGAUGUGCAAAAGCGCCAGUCGAUCACCUCCAGUGAGACAGGCACUUCUGGUGGCUACUACUACUCAUUCUGGACCGAUGGAAGUGCCGUCACCUACACCAACGGCGAUGCUGGAGAGUACAGCGUAGAUUGGUCCAGUGGCAGUUCCAACUUCGUCGGCGGCAAAGGCUGGCAGACUGGAAGUGACAGGGCCAUCACCUACUCCGCCGACUACAAUCCCGACGGAAACAGCUACCUGACCGUCUAUGGCUGGUCCACCAGUCCAUUAGUCGAGUACUACAUCGUCGAGUCCUAUGGGACGUACAAUCCUGGCUCCGCCGGAACCAAAGUCGGCACCGUGCAAAGCGACGGAGGAUCGUAUACCAUCUACACCGCGACCCGCACCAAUGCUCCGUCGAUUGAGGGCACAGCGACUUUCACUCAGUACUGGUCUGUCAGGGAUUCGAAGAGGACUUCCGGCACUGUGACCACUGCGAAUCACUUUGACGCGUGGGCUUCGUUGGGAUUGGAUCUGGGUACAUUCAAUUAUCAGAUUCUUGCGGUGGAGGGAUAUCAGAGCUCGGGAUCUGCCACUGUCACUGUUACUUAA